GGAAAAGUGUUUUAGCGUUUGGCAUCAACAUUCAGCGCUAUCUAUAAGUUGAUUAUUAUAACGCCAUCGUGGGUUUCUUUUCUCUCUCAACAGCAUUUUGCAAACAUGAAGUGUUUUAUGAUUUCUACGAUAAGGUAAAGAGAGAGCGUUUGUAAUAUUUUUCUCUUUAGAGUUUAUCUUCAUUAGUGAUGUAAAAUUGAUCAUUGGAAAAAGUUUGAAUCCAGUCGUUCAAAAAACGUUCUUACCAUGGAGUCAAUAAGCACCGAUUUCGAAAAUUGGGGCCCUUACUUGAUGAAGCAGUUCCAACUGAUGUAUGAAAAAGGAGAAAAAUGUGAUUUAGAAAUAUCUUGCAACAAUCAGAUUUUUCUUGUACAUCGGUUAAUUAUGUCUGCUUGUUCAGAAUACGUUAAAGAAUUAGGAGAUAAACAGCAUAUUAUACUUCCUGAAGAGGUCUCCUGUAAAGCAUUAAAGAUGGUGCUAGAUUUUGUUUACACAGGAAAAAUUAUAUUCAACAGAGAGGAAAAAGAUGACCUCUUAUUAGCGGCCAAUUUGUUAAAUAUGAGACUGUUGUCGGAAUUGAUAAAAAUGGAAGAAUCGUGUUCUUUUACAUUAUCAAUGGACGAUGAAACCGAAGAAAAAGUCAACGAGGAUGCCUGUGCCAUGAACGUUGAAAGUCAUAAUGACGUCGGAGCUAGUGUCCCGGAAACCAGAAAUGCACCUCAGACUCCCAGUCAAUCUAAUUAUAAGAAAAAACCUUCCGAAGUGAAAAACAGACCGAGAGCUAGCAGAAAUUCUGUAUUACCUCCCUUACAUAAAUUUCCGUACUUGCAACAAAAAUUUAGCGCAUCGCGUACAUAUGGAUUAAUCACAACACUAACGGAACCAGUACCUUCACGUUUCGAAAUACCAGCAUCUAUGAUGUCAGAGUGUUCGUACAGAUUUUCGUUUGAAGAUGUCUCAUACGAAACCCAGCCUUUAUUCAGUGAGUCAGAAUCAUUUAAAGCUCUCGAACAACACCAUCUUCUGUUUUUGAAAAAGAAUAGGGAAACUUCAAAUCACAAAAGGAAUUAUUCAAACGCUUUGUACAGUCCAUUCGAUAAAUAUACUCCUCCAUACACGGUGAAUAGCGACAACGUAACGAGAAAACGUGAGAACACAUCUUAUUUAUCUAAACCAGAUCCGAUUCCUCCUAAAAGAAGCGCUGUAACACCAACCAAGAAAUCCGACGUUCCUAGAUACCAUAAUAAAAAUAUCAAAACUAAUAAUGUUGCGGUCAAUGUUGCUGUGGAACCGCCGCCCCUCAUAGAGAAUCCCAAUGUAUCUAGUGACGCUGCCAUCGCAUUGCACUUUUCCAACACCAUGGCGAAGAGUAAAAUUCCAGAAAAAGCGCCUGAAAUUAUCGAAGUUCCUUCCAUCGAAAACGGCGAAAAAGUCGAGUUGAUCAAAUUAAAUAACGCGGUGGUAACGUCGGUAGAAGAGGACUUCAAAAUACGCUCGCUUUCCGAAGAACUUCCAGAUGUUUCAAUAUCCGUAAUUGGUUCGAAAAAUGCGGCAGAAAAAGCCGAAUUGAUCGAAAAUGCGAGUAAUAGUAUAAGUGUACUUACGGAUACCACUUUUGCGUCCGAUUUCGAUACUCCAUUAGUUUCGGAAAUGAAUGACACGGUAGUUUCUCAACCAUCUUUUGACUUGAAUGAAACCAAUGAUUCAGUGGGCGAAUCUAUUCUACCUGAUUCCGGUGAUUGUAUUGAUGAUACAUCUGAAAAUAUUCUUCCUGACGCAGCUCCUAUCGUCCCUCAAAAUACCGAAACGACCGAGCUGUUAACAAAUUCGAAUUCUCAGAUAAUUGUGAAAGCUAAAGGAACAGAGAAUACGGCUCAGCUGAGUAAAAUAGUUGAGGACUUAUGUAAGAAGAAUCCCUUAUUCAAGAACAAAAAUGUUCGCUUUAAACUUGUUCCUGUUAACGGGCCUAUUCCAGAAAUACUAAGAGAUCAAGCCCGUAUCAAUAAAGCCAUUCUCGUGAAGAAAACCGACGUGACACAAAAAGUCGAUGCUGCAAAAGACUCCGAAGAUAAAUCUAAGAAACCUGAUAACAUCAAGCUACCUUCAUUCGAAAAUGUUACCGGUCCUUGGGAAUGUAAAGCGUGUGGUAUCUCGAAAUUCGACACAUAUUUCGAGUUCAGGACACAUUUCCACGACGUUCAUGGAGAACCUAAUAAUCCAGUUUUUUGCGUACAUUGCGGUUAUAAAUCAUUGAAAAGAAAUAUGCAACUUUACCAUCUGUUUACCAAACACAAUGUCGAACCGCCUUCUAGUUUCAAGUUCCCGAAAUGCGAUAAAUGCGAGUAUUACGCUUUGAAUGAUUACUACUUGCAGAAACAUUUAGCUUGCCAUCCGAAUGACGGAAUGCAAUCUGUAUGUGCUUGUAAGGUUGCAUUUAAAAGUAGCGAAGCUUUACAAAAGCAUAUAGCAUCUGGCGAUUGCAAAAAUUCCAAGAGUUUUACAUGUGAUUUUUGUAGAUGUAUGUUCGAUAGAUUCGUGAAUCUGAAAGCUCACGUGCGAGUUUGUAAAAAAGAACGAUCUAGACCAUCCGCUGCGCCAAUCAUCGACAACCUUCCAAUGCCCGAACCAACGACAAAAACUAUUUCGGAAGGCGGUAAAGAUUAUUUAGCAUUAUAGAUUAACGGAUAUUCUCACUUUGCAGUACUUAUUACGUAAGUACCUGGUAUGUAACUGUUCCGCAAAGUAUUACUACCAUAAUGUAAGCACUCGGUAUGUUACUGUUCUACAAAGUAUUACUACCGUAGUUUAUGGUUUUGCCUUGAUUUUUCAAUUAUUUUUACGAUUAGAUAUUUAGGUAUUACAAAUUUUUCUGGCUGGCAUAUAAUUUCAUCUGAAUUGCCUUUGCCUAAUAAGUAUGAUAUGUAAGAUUUUGUGGAUGAUUGUCGUUCGAUAUUUCAAAUGAAAGCGUUUCGAUCUCUUUUUAAUUCCAAUAGAUGAAUGAACUUUAAGGAACUGAAUUUUUCAAUCGAAGGGACGAAAUUAAAUUGUACUUAUUUAGUUUCUCUUGCAGCUGGUAUUCAUUUAUAAUAGUAAUAAUGUUGCUCAUGUAUAGGUAGGUCUAGGUACGAGGUAAUGUACCGUGUUGGAGAAUUUUUUUAAUUUAUUUAAUUUGGUAUGGAACACAGUGGGCCACAGACCCCCCCCCCUCCCAUAAAACGCUUAUACUUCCAAAAAAUCACAAGUUCUUAGAACAAACGAAUUUGCUUUACUAUGCCUCACCCUUCAUUCCUUCAAAAAAAAAAAAAAAAAAUUCGAAUUCGACUACUUCGAAAACACACCAA